UCUGGGAUUGCCCCUCCCCCCCUCCAAGUACCGUUUCGGUUUAAUCUAGUGUGUGACUGAGUCUGUGAGGGAGCGAGUGUGUGUGGUGUGGAGGUGAGACGGAAGCAAGAAAAGGGGCUCCCUCAGGAGCAAGGGACAAAGGGGGCGUAAGGCACCUAGGCCGCGGGACCCCGGCGACAGGAAGCCGCCCCGAGCCGGGCUACCGGGUAGGGGAAGGGCCCGCGUAGUCCUCGCAGGGCCCCAGAGCCGGAGUCGGCCUCACAGCCCCGGGCCAUCGGCUUCUCACUUCCUCGACCUCCCCGGCUCCCGGGCCCGAGGACUGGCUCGACGGGGCGAAAAAAGGAAACAGACUUGAGCCAGCUCCCGGUUGUCUCGCAACUCCACUGCUGAGGAACUCUCAUUUCGUCCCUCGCUCCUUCACCCCCCACCUCAUGUAGGAGGGUGCUGAGGCGUCGGGAGGGAGGAGGAGCCUGGGCUACCGUCCCUGCCCUCCCCACCCGCUUCCCGGGGCGCUUUGGUGGGCGUGGAGCUGGGGUUGGGGGGGUGGGUGGGGGUUGCUUUUUGGAGUGCUGGGGAACUUUUUCCCUUCUUCAGGUCAGGGGAAAGGGAAUGCCCAAUUCAGAGAGACAUGGGGGCAAGAAGGACGGGAGUGGAGGAGCUUCUGGAACUUUGCAGCCGUCAUCGGGAGGCGGCAGCUCUAACAGCAGAGAGCGUCACCGCUUGGUGUCGAAGCACAAGCGGCAUAAGUCCAAACACUCCAAAGACAUGGGGUUGGUGACCCCCGAAGCAGCAUCUUUGGGCACAGUUAUCAAACCUUUGGUGGAGUAUGAUGAUAUCAGCUCUGAUUCCGAUACCUUCUCCGAUGACAUGGCCUUCAAACUAGACAGAAGGGAGAACGACGAACGUCGUGGAUCAGAUCGGAGCGACCGCCUGCACAAACAUCGUCACCACCAGCACCGGCGUUCCCGGGACUUACUGAAAGCUAAACAGACCGAAAAAGAAAAAAGCCAGGAAGUCUCCAGCAAGUCGGGAUCGAUGAAGGACCGGAUAUCAGGAAGUUCAAAGCGUUCGAAUGAGGAGACUGAUGACCAUGGGAAGGCACAGGUAGCCAAAAGCAGCAGCAAGGAAUCCAGGUCAUCCAAGCUCCACAAGGAGAAGACCAGGAAAGAACGGGAGCUGAAGUCUGGGCACAAAGACCGGAGUAAAAGUCAUCGAAAAAGGGAAACACCCAAAAGUUACAAAACAGUGGACAGCCCAAAACGGAGAUCCAGGAGCCCCCACAGGAAGUGGUCUGACAGCUCCAAACAAGAUGAUAGCCCCUCGGGAGCUUCUUAUGGCCAAGAUUAUGACCUUAGUCCCCCAAGAUCUCAUACCUCGAGCAAUUAUGACUCCUACAAGAAAAGUCCUGGAAGUACCUCGAGAAGGCAGUCGAUCAGCCCCCCUUACAAGGAGCCUUCGGCCUACCAGUCCAGCACCCGGUCACCGAGCCCCUACAGUAGGCGGCAGAGAUCUGUGAGUCCCUAUAGCAGGAGACGGUCGUCCAGCUACGAAAGGAGUGGCUCUUACAGCGGGCGAUCGCCCAGUCCCUAUGGUCGAAGGCGGUCCAGCAGCCCUUUCCUGAGCAAGCGGUCUCUGAGUCGAAGUCCACUCCCCAGUAGGAAAGCCAUGAAGUCCAGAAGUAGAAGUCCUGCAUAUUCAAGACAUUCAUCUUCUCAUAGUAAAAAGAAGAGAUCCAGUUCACGCAGUCGUCAUUCCAGUAUCUCACCUGUCAGGCUUCCACUGAAUUCCAGUCUGGGAGCUGAACUCAGUAGGAAAAAGAAGGAAAGAGCAGCUGCUGCUGCAGCAGCAAAAAUGGAUGGAAAGGAAUCCAAGGGUUCACCUGUAUUUUUGCCUAGGAAAGAAAACAGUUCAGUAGAGGCUAAGGAUUCAGGUUUGGAGUCUAAAAAGUUACCCAGAAGUGUAAAAUUGGAAAAAUCUGCCCCAGAUACUGAAUUGGUGAAUGUAACACAUCUAAACACAGAGGUAAAAAAUUCUGUAGAUACAGGGAAAGUAAAGUUGGAUGAGAACUCUGAGAAGCAUCCUGUUCUUAAAGAUUUGAAAGCACAGGGAACAAGAGACUCUAAACCCAUAGCAUUGAAAGAGGAAGUUGUUAUUCCAAAGGAGACAGAAACAUCAGAAAAGGAGACCCCUCCACCUCUCCCCACAAUUACUUCUCCCCCACCCCCUCUACCAACUACUACCCCUCCACCUCAGACUCCCCCUUUGCCACCUUUGCCUCCAGUACCAGCUCUUCCACAGCAACCACCUCUGCCUCCUUCUCAACCAGGAUUUAGUCAGGUUCCUUCUUCCAGUACUUCAACUUUGCCCCCUUCUACUCACUCAAGGACAUCUGCUGUGUCCUCUCAGGCAAAUUCUCAGCCCCCUGUACAGGUUUCUGUGAAGACUCAAGUAUCUGUAACAGCUGCUAUUCCACACCUGAAAACUUCAACGUUGCCUCCACUGCCCCUCCCUCCCUUAUUACCUGGAGAUGAUGACAUGGAUAGUCCAAAAGAAACUCUUCCUUCAAAACCUGUGAAGAAAGAGAAGGAACAGAGGACACGUCACUUACUCACAGACCUCCCUCUCCCUCCAGAGCUCCCUGGUGGAGAUCUGUCUCCCCCAGACUCUCCAGAACCAAAGGCAAUUACACCACCUCAGCAACCAUAUAAAAAGAGACCAAAGUUUAUAUUUGUUUUGGCAGGAGAACUAGUGGCUCUGAAGAAGGUGAGAUUAGACAAUGAGAAAGAGGGCUUCCCAAUCACAGCCAUUCGUGAAAUCAAAAUCCUUCGUCAGUUAAUUCACCGAAGUGUUGUUAACAUGAAGGAAAUUGUCACAGAUAAACAAGAUGCACUGGAUUUCAAGAAGGACAAAGGUGCCUUUUACCUUGUAUUUGAGUAUAUGGACCAUGACUUAAUGGGACUGCUAGAAUCUGGUUUGGUGCACUUUUCUGAGGACCAUAUCAAGUCGUUCAUGAAACAGCUGAUGGAAGGAUUGGAUUACUGUCACAAAAAGAAUUUCCUGCAUCGGGAUAUUAAGUGUUCUAACAUUUUGCUGAAUAACAGCGGGCAAAUCAAAUUAGCAGAUUUUGGACUUGCUCGGCUGUAUAACUCUGAAGAGAGUCGACCUUACACAAAUAAAGUCAUCACUUUGUGGUACCGGCCUCCAGAACUACUGCUAGGAGAGGAACGUUAUACACCAGCCAUAGAUGUUUGGAGCUGUGGAUGCAUUCUUGGGGAACUAUUCACAAAGAAGCCUAUUUUUCAAGCCAAUCUGGAACUGGCUCAGCUAGAACUGAUCAGCCGACUCUGUGGUAGCCCUUGUCCAGCUGUGUGGCCUGAUGUUAUCAAGCUGCCGUACUUCAACACCAUGAAACCGAAGAAGCAAUAUAGAAGGCGUCUACGAGAAGAAUUUUCUUUCAUUCCUUCUGCAGCACUUGAUUUAUUGGACCACAUGCUGACACUAGAUCCUAGUAAGCGGUGCACAGCUGAACAGACCCUACAGAGCGACUUCCUUAAAGAUGUUGAGCUCAGCAAAAUGGCUCCUCCAGACCUCCCCCACUGGCAGGAUUGCCAUGAGUUGUGGAGUAAGAAACGGCGACGUCAGCGACAGAGCGGUGUUGUUGUGGAAGAGCCACCUCCAUCCAAAACUUCUCGAAAAGAAACUACCUCAGGGACAAGUGCUGAGCCCGUGAAGAAUAGCAGCCCAGCACCACCUCAGCCUGCUCCUGGCAAGGUGGAGCCUGGGGCAGGGGAUGCAAUAGGCCUUGGUGACAUCACACAACAGCUGAAUCAAAGUGAACUGGCAGUGUUAUUAAACCUGCUGCAGAGCCAAACCGACCUGAGCAUCCCCCAAAUGGCACAGCUGCUUAACAUCCAUUCCAAUCCAGAGAUGCAGCAGCAGCUGGAAGCCCUGAACCAAUCCAUCAGUGCCCUGACGGAAGCUACUUCCCAGCAGCAGGAUUCAGAGCCCAUGGCCCCAGAGGAGUCUUUGAAGGAAGCACCCUCUGUCCCAGUGGUCCUGCCUUCAGCAGAACAGACGACCCCUGAAGCUUCAAGCACACCAGCUGACAUGCAGAAUAUUUUGGCAGUUCUCUUGAGUCAGCUGGUGAAAACCCAAGAGCCAGCAGGCAGCCUGGAGGAAAACAACAGUGACAAGAACAGUGGGCCACAGGGGCCCCGAAGAACUCCCACAAUGCCACAGGAGGAGGCAGCAGAGAAGAGGCCCCCUGAGCCCCCCGGACCUCCACCGCCGCCACCUCCACCCCCUCUGGUUGAAGGCGAUCUUUCCAGCGCCCCCCAGGAGCUGAACCCAGCCGUGACAGCCGCCUUGCUGCAACUUUUAUCCCAGCCUGAAGCAGAGCCUCCUGGCCACCUGCCACAUGAGCACCAGGCCUUGAGACCAAUGGAAUUCUCCACCCAACCCCAUCCAAACAGGACUUAUGGAAACACUGAUGGGCCUGAAACAGGGUUCAGUGCCAUUGACACUGAUGAACGAAACUCUGGUCCAGCCUUGACAGAAUCCUUGGUCCAGACCCUGGUGAAGAACAGGACCUUCUCAGGCUCUGUGAGCCACCUUGGGGAGUCCAGCAGUUACCAGGGCACAGGGUCAGUGCAGUUUCCAGGGGACCAGGACCUCCGUUUUACCAGGGUCCCCUUAGCAUUACACCCGGUGGUCGGGCAACCAUUCCUGAAGGCUGAGGGAAGCAGCAAUUCUGUGGUACAUGCAGAGACCAAAUUGCAAAACUAUGGGGAGCUGGGGCCAGGAACCACUGGGGCCAGCAGCUCAGGAGCAGGCCUUCACUGGGGGGGCCCAACUCAGUCUUCUGCUUAUGGAAAACUCUAUCGGGGGCCUACAAGAGUCCCACCAAGAGGGGGAAGAGGGAGAGGAGUUCCUUACUAACCCAGAGACUUCAGUGUCCUGAAAGAUUCCUUCCCUUUCCAUCCUUCCAUCCAGUUCUCUGAAUCUUUAAUGAAAUCAUUUGCCAGAGCGAGGUAAUCUGCAUUUGGCUACUGUAAAGCUGUCCGUUGUAUUCCUUGCUCACUUGCUACUAGCAGGCGACUUACGAAAUAAUGAUGUUGGCACCAGUCCCCCUGGAUGGGCUAUAGCCAGAACAUUUACUUCAACUCUACCUUAGUAGAUACAAGUAGAGAAUAUGGAGAGGAUGAUUACAUUAAAAAGUAAAUGUUUUAUUAGUUCAUUGCCUGCACUUAUUGAUCAGAAGAGAGAAAGAACAGUUUCAGUUUUGAGAUGGCUCAGGAGAGGCUCUUUGGUUUUUAAAGUUUUGGGGUUGGGGGUUCUGUGUGGUUUCUUUCUUUUGAAUUUUAAUUUAGGUGUUUUGGUUUUUUUUCCUUUAAAGAGAAUAGUGUUCACAAAAUUUGAGCUGCUCUUAGGCUUUUGCUAUAAGGGAAACAGUGGCCUGGCUGAUUUAAAUAAAUGUUUCCUUCCUCUCCACCAUCUCACAUUUUGCUUUUAGGUGAACACUUUUUGCCCGUUGAGCAUCUUGAACAUACUUUUUUUCCAAAUAAAUUACUCAUCCUUAAAGUUUACUCCACUUUUACAAAAGAUAGGCCCUUUUCCCUGCACAUAAAGCAGGUUAUAGAAAGUGGCAUUCUUGGGCAAGUAGGUAGAUUUUACCCAAUCUCUUUCCCUUUCUGCCCAUAUGUGCACGUGUUCUCCCUCUCCCUCCCCCACUUUGCUCUCUGCCUCUCCCUCCGUCUCUCUCUCUCUCUUUCUUUUUUUCUCUUUUGCUCACCCACUCUUGCUCUCUCUGUUUCUCUCUCUUUGAGGCAUUUGUUUGGAAAAAAUUAAUAGUUGAGAUGCCCAAGAACCUGGGAUAAUUCUUUAUUUUUUUUUGAAAUAAAGGAAAGGAAAUUCAAACUCCUACAUUGUUCUCUGUAACUCUUCAAUUCUAAAAUGUUUUGUUUUUUAAACCAUGUUCUGAUGGGGAAGUUGAUUUGUAAAUGUGGACAGCUUGGACAUUGCUGCUGAGCUGUGGUUAGAGAUGAUGCCUCCAUACCUAGAGGGCUAAUAAUAGCAUUUAGCAUAUUGUUUACACGUAUAUUUUUAUGUCAAAAAAAAAAACAAAAACCUUUCAAACGGAGCAUUGUGAUAUUGUCAAAGAGAAAAACAAAUCCUGAAGAUACAUGGAAAUGUAACCUAGUUUAGGGUGGGUAUUUUUCUGAAGAUAUAUCAAUACCUGACCUUUUUAAAAAAAAUAAUUUUAAAUCAGCAUACUGUGAGGAAGAACAGUAUUGACAUAUUCAUGUCCCAGCAUGUGUAUUCUGCCAGUUCUUUUAGGGAUUUUCCUCCAAAGAUAUUUGGAUUUGAUUUGGUAAAAGGGGUUAAAUUGUGCUUCCUGGCAAGAACUUUGCCUUAUCAUAAACAGGAAAUGAAAAAGGGAAAGGCUGUCAGGGUGGGAUAAUUUGGGAGGCUUCUCAUUCUGGCUUCUAUUUCUGUGUGAGUACCAGCAUAUAGAGUGUUUUAAAAACAGAUACAUGUCAUAUAAUUUAUCUGCACAGACUUAGACCUUUAGGAAACAGGUUAGCCCCUUUUUACAAAGAAAAAGCAAACAUGCUUCAGUAUCUUGAAGGAUAGUUUUCAAAACUCAAGUUUCAUGUUUCAAUGCCAAGUUCUUACUUUUAAAAAUAAAAUCUACUUAUAAGAGAAAGGUGCAUUACUUAAAAAACAGAACUUUAAAGAAAUGAAAGAAGAAUCCUCUUCAGAUACUUACUUGAAGACUGUUAAUGAAAUAGGUAGAUAAUGGUGUGUGUAUUUCUUUAUUAUUCUCUGGGUUUUUUAUCUGGCCAUGCCUCCAGGGCCAAACACUGAUUAGAAAGAGAACCUUCUAGUCAUUUUGGCAUUGAUGGCUUUUUAUACCAAUGUGUCCAGUUAGAUUUACUAGGCUUACUGACAUGCUGUUGGUAAAUUGCAUUAAAGUUCAUCUGAACCUCCUGUCUGUUGACUUCUUAGUCCUCAGACAUGGGCCUUUGUAUUUUAGAAUAUUUGAAUUUGAAUUAUUGGGCCCCACUCCCUGUUUUUUAUUAAAGAACUUGAGCCUGGGAUACUAUCAGAAGUAUCUAUUCAGUGAAAAAAGUUGGUUUCCCAUCAAAUAUGAAUAAAAUUCUCUAUAUAUUUUCAUUGUAUUUUGGUUAUCGGCAGUCAUCAAUAAUGUUUUUUCCUCCCCCUCCCACCUCUUAUUUUUAAUUAUGCCAAAUAUCCUAAAUAAUAUACUUAAGCCUCCAUUCCCUCAUCCCUACUAGGGAAGGGGGUGAGUGUAUGUGUGAGUGUAUGUGUAUGUAUGAUCUCAUCUCACCCCACCCCCAUUUUGGGAGUCUUAACUUUUAAAAUGAAAAAAAAAGUUUGGUAAUUUUGACUAUUUCUAAAAGCAGAGGAAAAAAACUUAUUUAAAUAUCCUGAAAUCUGUACGGAGGAAGAAAAGGUAUUUGUUAAUUUUUCAGUUAUGUUAUCUAUAAACAUGAUGGAAGUAAAGGUUUGGCAGAAUUUCAGCUUGACCAUUUUAAAAUUACAAACCCAAUUAAUUCCAUUCAAAAGUGGUUUUGUUUUUGGUUUGAUUAUUGUACAAUGAGAGAUAUUAAGUCUAUUAAAUACAUUAUUUUGAACAGAUGAGAAAUCUGAUUCUGUUCAUGAGUGGGAGGCAAAACUGGUUUGACCGUGAUCAUUUUUGUGGUUUUGAAAACAAGUAUACUUGACCCAGUUUCCUUAGUUUUUUUCUUCAGCUGUCCAUAAGAACAAUAGUAUUUGAAAGCAACAUCAAAUCUAUACGUUUAAAGCAGGGCAGUUAGCACAAAUUUGCAAGUAAAACUUCUGUUAAUUUAUGCCAUAGACAUCACCCAACCACUUGUAUGUGUGUGUGUGUAUAUAUAAUAUGCAUAUAUAGUUACCGUGCUAAAAUGGUUACCAGCAGGUUUUGAGAGAGAAUGCUGCAUCAGAAAAGUGUCAGUUGCCACUUCAUUCUCCCUGAUUUAGGUUCCUGACACUGUAUUCCUUUCUCUCUCUUGUUUUUGACCCCCAUUGGGUGUAUCUUGUCUAUGUACAGAUAUUUUGUAAUAUAUUAAAUUUUUUUCUUUCAGUUUAUAAAAAUGGAAAGUGGAGAUUGGAAAAUUAAAUAUUUCCUGUUACGAUA